AUGGUGGUGGUGGUGGUAAAACACAAGGCAGGUCUGAGCCGGUGCAGCAGGAAAACACCUUAUAACAACAGACGAGAAAACAGACCCGGGUCACCGCAACAACAAAAGAAAAGUCGUAAGAAGAAGCCAGGGGGAGGAGGGUGGUUGCUACCGCUUCCCCGACGCCUCAGCACACGAGCCCCCGGGGCCUCCCGGCAACUGCACCAGCCUCGGGAGGGCCCCUUCCCCCCCACCUCGGCCCCCUCCCCCCGGGCGCCACUGCAGCUGCACCGGUCCCCGGAGCCGCGUCCGUCCCGGGCGCCACUGCAGCUGCGGCGGCUCCCAAGCCCCCUCCCCCAGCCCGCCGCCCUCCGCACCCGAGAGGCGCCACCGCAGCUGCACCGGCCGGGAGCCCGCCCCGCGCCGCAGCUGCACCGGCCCGGGGGGGUGGGGGGUGGAGAGCGCGGCGCGGAGCCGGCGAGCCCGCACCCCGCCCCGACCCCGCAGCUGCAGCGGCCGCGUCCCCCGCGCCCGGGCCUCCCGCAGCUGCACCGCCCCCCACCGCCCCAACAGCUCCAACCACACAAACUAACUCCACUCGUGGGGCACCCCCGGCCCGCCCUCCGCCCGCACUGCCCCACCGGCUCGAGGCGGCACAACUGGCGUCCCCGGUCCACGAGAGGGCCGGGGCGCGGAGGGGGCGCCGGGUCAGGGGCCGGGAGCCGGAGCCGGGACUCACACGGAGCGGCCCUAAGUCACCGCGUCCCCGCCGCCGCCGCCGCGUCCUCCGCCUCCUCCGCGUCCUCCGCCUCCUGCUCCUGCCGGCCGCCGCCGCCGCCGGACUUGGAGGGCGCCUUCUCGGGGAGGUGGAGGGGGUGGCAGGCAAUCGUCGGACAGACAAGGGGGCCCUGCCAAUGGGAGAGGCGAGCCGGAGCUGCCGCUCUCAGGGCACAUGGGGACACAGAUGACUCGAGUCCGGCUCCCUCCGCUCGCUUCUGCUGCUUGUGACGACGCCCAGGUUCUCGUCUGCCCAAGCGCAGGAGAGCGGGACUCGGGAACGUUCGUGCUGCGUCUUGCGGUGUCCCGUUUCCAAGGUGCAUAUCGGGGCGGUAAGGACGCGACCAGCUCGGAGAGGCGCAGUUCCUGGGCGUUAUUCUCCCUACAUCGUGGUCUUAGAAACACAGCAAAGCGUCUCUAUUUCUCCCAUAAAGCCAGUACCGGACACUGUGCUUACAGUGUUAGAAGUAAAAACAUUCCCAACUUAGCAAAUUUUAGAGAAUUACAGUAAAAUUGAUACUUGCAGGUGCCUUAACCUGAUUCCUUAACUGUACUUAUCAAGUACACAUAAUCAAGUCAAAACUCUAAAUUACCAAGGGCAGAUGUAAGACGUGUUGCUUUUCCCUCCGUCAAAUAAACUCGUAUUUACUCGGGACCUGCCCUGCAACGAAAUGUGUUCAUCACUGCCAUGCCACAGAAAUGUAGAAAUUUCUGCCUUUAAAAAACCGGGAAUCUUGUUGAGGAGGCAAAAAUUACAAGUUAAAAAGUUGAAUAACAAGCAAAUAAAAAAAGAUUCAAGAAAAUAGAAAAGUACAAAACGAGGAAGUCAGUACCCUAUUAAUAGUCAAAUGCAAUGAGUUUAUUCUUUGCGAACUGAACCAGGGUUGGUAGGCCUGUUGCUAACCAAUUUGCCAAGAGACCUUUCAACUGCCCAAAAUGUGCUUUCACUUUGUUCCAGGUCAGAUGGUUAAAGUAAGUUGAAAGUAUUGUCUGGGCAAAUCAGACAUGUUGAAUUGCUAAUGAAGCAAAAACGGGAGCAUACAAAAUUCCUGGAACUGAAGUGCCAUUAGAAUAUCCUGUUAGAAAGAGUAGUGAUGUUCUCCACUCUGUCCUCAAACUUCUGUGCCCUCAUGAUUACACACUGACAUCAAGGCCUUCUUAUAAUAACUAGAGUUUUCUAUUCUGUGAAAUUUAUUGUUGUAUCUGUGUUUUUGAUGAAUUCUAGGUCUUUUCAGUCUGAUAGAAGGCCCAAAUUUCAGUCUGACUUGUUUAAAGUUAGGGAAAUUUAUAAAUAUUCUUGAUGGAUGAAAUAUACGGUAAAAUCCAAGAUGUUAAAAAGGAGUACCAUGUUACAUUAGCAACAGGAAAAAGAGAGGAAAGAGAAAUGUUUGCAUUCUCAAAGCUGUUUCUCCCCUACUAAAAUUUAAAAUAAUGAAAAUAACAGCUCUCUGGAUGACUAGACAAAGUAAUUGAUAGUGUCAGGAUAUUAAACAGUAAAUUUCAUGAGAAAAUUACAGUAUCAGAUUAUACACAAAAAGCUUAGAAAUUCAGCUCUAUGGCAUAUAGCUCAAAAUCACAACUCCAACAGAAGGUUUUAUGGACCUCACCUAGAAGUCAAGUAACAGCCCUAGAGUUGUGCAGGGAGAGACUUGGUGCAUCAAAAGGCAUGACCAUUGUUUUUCUCUUCUAACAAUCAUUCCUAGAAUCCUUUUUGAGAACUGAGUAGCGUGGCCAAGAAAUAUAGAGUAAGUGGAUAUUUAAGGAAGCAAGUAUGUUCCCCCUAAAUUAUGGCAAAAGUUUUAUAAAUUUAUGAAAAUACAUGAAACAUUCAUUCAUUGUCAGAAUCAAAAGUUUGAGGGGCAUUUAUUCUGUGCAAGGAAGGUACUCUGCUAGAGAUAUGGAAGACAUUAAAAAAGUAUAAGACAGGGUUUCCCCUUCCUGGAGUUUAAAUUUAGUUGCGAAAGAAAUAGGAUAAAUAUAUUUUAAAAAUCAAACAACAGAGAAACCAAACAACAUAUAGGAUAUAGACCUUAGAGCCAAAUUUCAUGUUCAACUGCUACAACCAUCUUAUCCCUAGUCCCUGAUACAAUUUUAUUCUCUGCUCUUAUAUUUCAAUUUUCUUUUUUACUCUCUGACCUCUAACUUUAUUUUAAACUGUCUUAUUAUAAACUUACUGUAGAAACGAUACUUUUAAUCCUUUUUGGAAAGCCGUCAGCAUACAAAUUAUAAAUAAAAUAAGACAGAUAUCAGAGAUGUCAUCAGAAUGAUUGCUAUACUUUAUUCAGUACCCACUGGAAUCGUGGAAGGUAAUGUCAGUUUCUAAAUGUCCCCCUCAAGUAAGCCUCUCAAAGUAGGGUCUGUUUACCACUAUACAACAGGCUAAGCAAAUCCCCAUGAUACAAAGCUACUUGACAAAGCAUUUCUUUAGAGCCAAUAAUCUACUUUCUUUUGUUUCUUCCACAGUAAGAAAAAAGUGCAAGAAGUACAGGCUCUAGGCUAAUGGGAAGGAAGAUAUACCACUGCUUUCCCUCUGGAGGAAUCCCAAUUCUAUUUAGUAUUCAAGUAAUCCACACUUUUCUGGGAGUCCUGAAAUUAAAAAAUAAUACAAAUGAA